AUUAAAGUCCGAGGAAUCAAACGAUAAAGAUGUCGAGCCCUGUUGCAGCUGAAUUGAAUAAUGCUAUCGAACCCGAGAUCAAUGAAAAUAAUAAUAACGAAGCAACUGUCGUUGCGCCUAUGGAACCGAUGAAAAGACGAUCGAUGAGGGUAAAGAGAAAGAGAGCUUCGAGAUCACGCUCAAAGAGUCCAAAGAAGGCUAGACGGGCUAGACGUAGAUCAUCAAAACGCAGAUCUGGUAUGAGAAAAUCUUCAAGAAAAUCAAGAGGACGCAAAUCUAGAGGACGUAAACCAAAAGGAAUGGGCUCGAAAAGAAAAUCCAGAGGCCGAAAGAGUAAAGCUAUGAAUGAUAUGAUGGGAGCCUAA